GAGAGAGGCCGGACUUUUGCCUGCAGACGGCUGGCAUGCCCCUGGACUCAGCGAGCUAGGCUUUAACCGGGGAACAUGCAGAGACUGUGGAGCGGCAGCAGGAGCAACUUCAUCCAUACCCUGUCAACUUUCCUUGUCUUUGUGUUGACCGAGGGACUGUGUGAAAGCAGGGGCCAGAGGCGGCUCGGGCUGCAGGAGCGCCAUCUCCAAGCCCUGCCCGAGCCAGAGGUGGUAUACCCUGUCAAGGUUGAUCACCUGGGCCGCUUCCUGUCCCACGACGUGUCCCACCAGGUGAGGCGGCUGCGGCGCCGUGAACUGACGGCGGAGCGACCGCUCGGCCCCACCGUGUAUUACAAGCUCUCGCACAAGGGCCGCCAGCUGUACUUCAACCUGACGGUGAACCAGGCUCUGGUCGCUCCGGGCUUCGUGGCUGAGAGGCGCUACGGGGGUGUGAGAGGGGCCACGAUUAGCCGACCCCGGCCCAACAGCUGCCACCUUAUCGGGAGAGUGCAGGCGCCGACAGCCGGGAGCGGGAUCGCCGCCAUCAGCACAUGCCAUGGACUGAAAGGUGUGUUCAGACUGUUGGAACAGGAUUACCUCAUUGAACCAGUGGAGGGAGAGCACUGGAAGAAAGCUGCGUCACAGCCCCACGUCAUUUACAAACGGCAUGCAGUGGAAGUGGAGGGACUGCCCGACCCCCAGCGGCUGGAGGGGCGAAUGGGAGGGAUGGAGAAGCCAAGCCCCAGCGAGAGCCGAGUGUGUGGUGUAUCGGAUUCCCUGAAGAACUUGAAGCAUUUGGAAAAGAAACGGGAAAGGUGGGAGAAGAAACAAGAGCGCAAGAGACGGAUUAAACAGCGGUCGAUCAGCAAGGAGAGGUGGGUGGAGACGCUGGUGGUGGCAGACACUAAAAUGGUGGAGCAUCAUGGAAGUCAAAGCAUUGAGGCCUACGUCUUCACCAUCAUGAACAUGGUGGCUGGGCUGUUCCGUGAUGCCAGUAUUGGGAACUCUGUUAACAUCAUCAUUGUACGGCUUGUGCUGUUGGAGGAGGACGAGGAGGACCUGAAGAUAACGCAUCACGCGGAUAACACUCUGAGGAGCUUCUGUAAGUGGCAGAAGAAGAUCAACUUCAAAGGUGACAGUCAUCCAGCACACCAUGACGUAGCCCUCCUGCUGACUCGGAAGGACGUGUGUGCUGGCAUGAACCGCCCGUGUGAGACGCUGGGAUUGUCGCAUGUCUCUGGGAUGUGCCAACCGCACAGGAGCUGCAGCAUUAACGAGGACACGGGCCUCCCCCUGGCUUUCACAGUCGCGCAUGAGCUCGGACACAACUUUGGGAUCCAGCACGACGGGACCGGCAACGACUGCGAGCCCAUUGGGAAGAGGCCGUUCAUCAUGUCUCCCCAGCUGCUGUACGACACCAGCCCACUCACCUGGUCCCGAUGCAGCAGAGAGUAUAUCACCCGCUUCCUCGACCGUGGUUGGGGCCUCUGCUUAGAUGAUCGGCCCGCCAAAGAAGCCAUCGAGUUACCCUCAGUAGCACCGGGGGUGCUGUACGAUGCCAAUCAUCAGUGUCGGCUGCAGUACGGAGCCAAAUCAGCGUUUUGCGAUAACGUGGAUAAUGUCUGCAACACCCUGUGGUGCACCGUGGGAAACACUUGCCAUUCCAAGCUCGACGCUGCCGUGGACGGUACGAAGUGUGGGGACAACAAGCGGUGUUUCAGUGGACAGUGUGUACCCACGCUCCAGCAUCCUCAGACUACAGACGGAAAGUGGGGAGCAUGGAGCUCCUGGUCAUCUUGCAGCCGAACCUGUGGAGCAGGAACACAAAGCGCAGAGAGACACUGCAACAAUCCCACGCCCAAGUACGGUGGCUCGUACUGCCUCGGGGAGAGGAAGAGGUUCAGGAUAUGCAACGUCAAAGCCUGUGUGUCAGAAACACCUUCCUUCCGUCACCUGCAGUGCAGUCAGUUUGACGCCCUGCCUUACAAGGGGAAGCUCCAUAAAUGGAUUCCCGUUCUCAGCAGAAUUAACCCCUGUGAGCUACACUGCCGACCUCGAGAUGGCUAUUUCUCAGUGAAGAUGUUGGAUGCCGUGACUGACGGAACGCCAUGCUUUGAGGGGAACACCAGCCGAGACAUGUGCAUCAAUGGAAUCUGCAAGAAUGUAGGUUGUGAUUAUGAAAUUGAUUCCAAUGCUGUGGAGGAUCGAUGUGGAGUCUGCCAAGGCAAUGGCUCUACCUGUGAGACAGUAAAGAAGACGUUCAAUAAGAGUGAAGGUCUGGGCUAUGUCGACAUUGGGCUGAUUCCUGAAGGUGCCCGAGAGAUCCGAAUUGAAGAGGUUGCUGAAGCAGGAAAUUUCCUUGCCUUACGGAGCGAUGAUCCUGAGAAGUACUUCUUAAAUGGUGGCUGGAUAAUUCAGUGGAAUGGAGACUACAAGGUGGCUGGGACAACGUUCACCUACGAGCGAAAUGGGAACCUGGAGAACCUGACGUCACCAGGUCCUACCAGGGAGCCAGUAUGGAUUCAGCUGCUGUUUCAGGAGACGAAUCCUGGCGUACGCUUCGAAUACACCGUCCGGCGGGACCUAGAUCAUGAGAAUGAGAUCCCAGCACCAGAGUUUUUCUGGCGUUACGGCCUGUGGACAGAAUGUUCUGCAACGUGCGGCGGUGGUGUCCAGAGGCAGAUCGUGCACUGUCUGGAGAAAAUCGCGGGGAUUGUUGAAGAACAGUAUUGUGAGCUUGCGACACGACCUGAUGACCGACAGCGGAACUGUCACACUGAGCCUUGUCCAGCCCGGUGGUGGGCCGGAGAGUGGCAGGCGUGCUCGGCGUCAUGUGGGGAAACGGGGACCAUGAGGAGGACCACCCUAUGCAUCCAGAGCGUGGGUCUCGAUGAGCAGCGGGCUCUCCAACCCUCUGACUGUCAGCAUACGCCCAAGCCCGAAGACACCGGCCCUUGCAACAGGGAGAUCCCCUGCCCCUCGGACUGGAGCGCAGACAACUGGCCAGAGUGCUCUGUCACCUGUGGACAAGGUGUGCAGGAACGGAGUGUUGUGUGCCUGAACAACACCAACAUGACCUGCAGUCUGGAGGUGAAACCAGCUGCAACAAGGCCCUGUCACCUGAAGCCGUGCCCUGGACUCUGGCCAGGAUUCACACUGCACGACUGGUCUGGAAGUGGAGCUUCCAGCAAGGAGAUGUAUAACGAGGUGGGAUUCAACCUGAACUUUGGCCCCGGCGCUACAAACGAAGGGGAGAAUUCCAACCGAAUCCCUCCCAUUCCCAACUCCUAUCCAUCCUUUAUCAACGCACAAACUCCACAGCCACAGCCCCCCAAAGGCAACAAGAUAACCAAUUACAUCAUUGAAGAUGACUUCACCAAAAGCGAGGAAUCCUCCAAACCAAACAUCUUUGUCGAUGACUUCUACUAUGAUUAUAACUUCAUCAACUUCCACGAAGACCUUGAGUAUGGCCCAGAAGGCUGGCUGGAUUUCAGCGAAGAGGAGAAGAUGGGUGAAGACAGUAAACAUGAAGAAGACCAUUUGGAAACAAAUAACAUCUCAGACGGCGUUUGGGAGAAGUUACCCAAUCAAAACGAGGAUGGGGCCUCUGUUGAAAGGCCAGGAUCUAAUGAGCUGGACAAUGUUCCAUUGGAACCUACAGCAAAAAGCCUGGAGAAUAUGGCGGUAACUAAUAAUCAGGUCACAACUGCUACCUCAAACAUAGACUCAGUUGAUAGUGAAGAAUACACUACUGAGAAUCUCAGGGUUACCGAGGCUACGUCAAGUGAAUUGUACAACACUGGCAGUGAAGAUAUUGAUAAAGAAAUGUACGAGGCAGAUGAGCUGCUUCCUGUCCAAAAUAUGACAGUACCCAACGUUAAAGAGGCUAUUUAUCCUGGAUCUUCACCGAAUGAUGAUCAGGACAUUGAUCUUAACACAGCAGCGACCCUGACAUCUUAUUAUAACAACUCCCGAAGACCACCAUUCCCCACCUCUCCACCUAGUACAAGCAUCCCCAGUGCUUCAACAGCAAGUGACCUCAACUGGAAGGUGAAAGACUGGAACUCUGAGGGCCACGGCACGAGUGAGGGUAAUUCCAGCAGUGCCAAGAAGCAGGGCAGUCUGUAUAAUCGAAAUGCUGGUGGCCUUCGAGAACCUCCUGAGAGUGUCGGGCAAGAAGGGGACCUGGAAUCGAGGGAGACCGUGGAUGGAGAGGGGGCGGAUCCUGUACAAAAUGGGACAGAUGUGCCUGGGAUUCCAAGUGAGGUUUCAAAUGUGACGAUCAGCAGCAGAGAGGAAUUAAGUGUUAACCACGGACACUCCCAGCAGCAAGACACCAUUGCUGGCCAUCCAGCUGUUACUGAUAACUCCUGGCACGAUCUCCAUGCUGACACCAAUAACGUAGUGCCCACACCUCCAGUCCCAAUGGAUCCAAAAGAUAUUCCUGCUCCAGAAGAGAUACAUUGGACAACGAGGCACGGACAAACCUGGUCAAGCUUGGCAGAUGGACAUAGUUUAAACAGCUCUUCAGAAUUCCCAGGAGAGGUUGAAACAUCUCCGGGAAAUGUAUUUCUACCUGGUGCAUCUGACGAGGACACUGACCAUGUGAGUGUGCUCUCUCAGUGUAGCCCCUCAGUGACACAGGCCGACGUAUUCUUCACGUCAGAUGUGACCACGUCAGGAGGACUGCUGUCACCAGACGCAAGUCAGCUGCCAGUGGUGGGAACCCCUCCCGCCACCACGGUGAUGCCGCCAGGACUGGGCUCUCCACUGCAAGACCGGACCACAACUGGGGAAGGCCAGGGAGAGAGUGUAAAGCCAGUUCGGGCAACACCCUCCAGCCACCCGUUCGUUCCUCUGGUGCCUUCAGAUUCUAGCUCCACUUUGUCGGUGCACGUGGGGGCAAGACUAGCUGAAGCCCCAUCACCAACCUCUGCAAUGACUACAGAAGCCAUCUCCCCCAGAACCACUACCUCUACUGCCGACGUUGUUCCUGGUCCUAACUUGACAACAACUGCCUCAGAUUUAAGCACACAGCCCACAUUGGCAGAGGGUGUGACAGAGCCAAGCAGCACUUUGCGUUCUCCUUCCUGGACGAGUGACUCUGUACCUCUGGAGCAGAUUGCAACAACACUUGUUGACUCAAGCAACGCGAGAACUGAUUCACCGAGCUCCCACUCUGGAGCCAGAUCCAAGGAGGGCCCGGCCAAUCCGAGUAUCACCGACGCGGGAGGUGCUGGGAUUGGGAUCGGAGGCAGUUCCCCUGGAUCCAUCGCGGGGAGCUCACCGGUUCCUGUCCCUACAGUCUGCCUUCCGGGUCUCUCCGGGUAUACCCCGUCCCCGAGGCCAAUGCUGGGUGUCCAGGCAACUGAAACCGACUCAGUGAGGGAUGCAACCGUCGACCCAGCCUCUGAGGCAGAUGUGGAAUCCCUGUCUUACUGGGUGGUUGGCAACUGGAGUGAGUGUUCCACCACAUGUGGGCUGGGAGCGAUCUGGAGAACGGUGCAAUGUAGCUCCGGUCUGGACAGUGACUGCGACAGGACCAAGAAGCCGGUCCCAGCUCGGAGGUGCUAUAUCCGGCCCUGCUCGGCAUGGCGUGUGGGCAACUGGAGCAGGUGCUCCAAGAACUGUGGAGGUGGGGUGAAGAUCCGAGACGUCCAGUGUAUCGACGUCAGGGACAGGAGGCCCCUGCGACCCUUCCACUGCCAGCCCGUCCUCCACAAGCCCCCCACCAGCCUGGCCUGCAACUCCAGACCGUGCAUGGACUGGUACACGUCCUCGUGGGGAGAGUGCUCCAAGGCUUGUGGAGGAGGUGUGCAGGAGAGGCUGGUCAUGUGCCCCAAAUUCGGACACUGUGAUGAGGUUCUGCGCCAGAACAGCACCAGGGCGUGCAACGCCCAUCCCUGCACCAAGUGGAUGAAGGGCUCGUGGGGACAGUGCACGGCCAUGUGUGGCGGAGGGAUACAGCGGCGGCUGGUGAAGUGUGUAAACACAGUGACGGGGCAGGCAGAGGAAGACAGUAGCCAGUGUGACCACGAGCCCUGGCCAGAGAACACACAGAAGUGUAACCUGCAGGAGUGUAACAGCACUGACCACAGUUACACCUGCGAGCGUGAUCGGCUGACCUUCACGUUCUGCCAGACGCUGAAGCUCCUGGGCCGCUGUUACCUGCAGACUGUCCAGGCGCAGUGCUGCAAAACGUGCAAGCAACACGGAACGAGAGACCGCGGUAACGAGCGCAUCUCACGGAGGUGAGCGGUCAGCCUGGAAUACGAUGCAGGAAAAGAGAGACUUUUCAGAAGUAAACAAUAUGGGCAGAAGUAUCACAGUGACUGAAAGGUGCCAAAAGCAAUUCAGGAAAAAAAGAUACAAAAGAAAACACUGAAAUCUGGAGGGUUUUUUAAAAUAUUUAUGUAUACAUAAUGAGAGAGACUUUCUUUCAGUAUUCUUGUUAAUGCAACCAUUUUACAGGACCACAAACCUGACUGGGUUGAAGCAAGAUUUUACAGUGUUGGGGUUGCAGGAUAAGGCCUGAGGCCCAUGGUUGCUACAGUUACGUAUCAUCCUUUCAAAUAAGUGGUGCUCCAACGUUUGAAGAACGACACCUCCCUUUCCCAUUGAUAGCACAGCCUCAGCCGUCUCUUCAGAGCGGUUCGGAGUUCAAAGUUGAAAGUGUACACCUUUGUCAACAUGCACUACCGCGAGAUUUACCCUCUUGCGGGCAUUCACAGUAGAUACAAAGAAAUACAAUGGAAUCAAUGAAAAACUACACACAGACAAGAUGGGACAGGAAUGAAGGUGUCUCUUGGUGCUCUGUGUCUGAUCAUUGCCCGGUACCCUAUCCCGGCUGGUGACGGACAGCACAGAACCUUUUCAUACUUGAACAGUUUUUUAUAUAAAAAACUUAUUUUCAACUUUUAGAACUAUUUGUUGAGGAUUUAUCAUUGUACGUUAUUUUGAAUACAAAGCCAUGGUGCUAAUACAUAAGAAACAUUGUAAAACCUAUAUCUAUCACAAGAGGACAUGGGCCACACUGAUUUCUGUGCUGAAGGGUGUGUGUGUGUGUGUGUGUGUGUGUGUGUGUGUGUGCGUGUGUGUGCGUGUGUGUACAUGUGAUUGUGUGGACAUAUAUGCGUGUGUACAC